AUGGACAGCCACUGGAUCAAGCAAGGGGCCAACGUCGCACACCAACGCAUCUUAGAAAUCACUUCCCACUUCAGCACCGCCAGAAUGUCUAAUACCAAGACCGUGAAGGUUGCUCAUCUCGACACCGAGGCAGCAUACCAGAUGCCCAAGCCAUACGACAGUUCCAAGCCGACUCUAGUCUUGGUCAACAGUUUCACCACAUCUUCUGAGCUGUACAGGAGCCAAUAUGCCAACAAAGAGCUGACGGACGCCAUGAAUCUCAUCUCCAUCGAACUGCUUGGUCAUGGCCAGACAAGGACAAAGUCAGAGAACUUCACCUAUUGGGACACCGCGAUAAUGAACCUCCAAGUGCUCGAUGCUCUCAAGAUCACAGGCAAGAUUUUCGUCCUGGGCACAAGCCAAGGAGGUUGGAUCACCACGCGCAUGGCAGUGCUCGCCCCAGACAAGAUCGCCGGCAUAAUCCCACUCGGCACAAGCAUGGACUACGAAUCCGCCCGUACGCGAGAUCUGGGCUGCUGGAACGGCCCAGAAGACCUGGCCCCAAACAUCAAACUCUGGUCCUCGACCACCGCCACGCCAGACUUCGAGCCAAAGGAGGACUACUGCAAUUUCCUCAUCGACAUAGGCUUCGGCAAGGACUGCCCGAAAGAAGCUCGAGACUUCUGGGUCAAGGAGAUCCAAGCUAACUAUCAAGGCGAUGAAGGGCGACGAAGGAUCCGUAUGGCGGCUGUCAAUCUUGCUGAGCGCGAUGGGCUGCACCAUCGACUCUUCGAUGUCAAGUGUCCUGUGCUGUGGUUACACGGCACGGCGGACCCGGUCUACACUGUGGCAAAUGCAAAGCAUGAGCUUGAGAUGUUUGUGAAUGCUCCGGCCAAGGACUUGAAGGUUGUUGAAGGUGGACAGCACUUCCUUAGUUUUAGUCACCCGGAAGUGGUAGAUGAGGCUUUGAUUGAGUUUGUGGGUCUGAACAAUGUUUCCCAACUGCAGAGCUCGCCGAGGAAACAGCUACGGAAGUACGUACCAUUCGAGAUCCAACCUCGACCACAAGAAAACGGCCAAAUCCUGUUCGCAGGCUGGAGCAAUACAAUCCUAUCAACCACCAACCAAAUCAUAAGCCAAGGCUUCCAGAACCUCAACCAAAACAUCUCGGGCCUCUCCACAGCAGACGAAGACAUCACGGCCCUGCACUCGGCAAUAGGCAACCACAAUGGUCUCCUCGCCUGUCUCACAAACACUGGCGCUCUCCUAACAGCCGACCCAGACCCCGGGUACAAUCAAACCUCUCACCUGAAGAACUUGACCACGGAAUCCUCCCCUCGCCUCUCCCACCUAGCUCUGGCAACAAACGAUCGCGUAGCCGUGACCUUCAAACAAGCACCUAACGGCAACCUCUGCCACAUCCUCGAAUUCAACACCUUCGACAACUUCGUGGCGUGGUAUAACGAUCCCUCCGCCGAGCAAAGUCGACCUGGGAAACACCAUAUGCUUCCCGGACGGCCGAAGCAAUUAUUAGCUGGUGCAGCGACCUUCCUAUUGCUGAUGGAAAGUGGGGAGGUGUACAGCUGGGGCGAUAGCAGGUACCGCUCUCUUGGUCGCGCCGUCGCUGGUGGUGCAGAAGUGGCGACCGUGCCGGCUGAUACACCUGCACCGAUCUAUGCGCUCGGUGGGUUGGAUGUUGAGAAGAUCGCUUGUAGUGGAUGGUUGAGCGGAGCGUUGUGUAGGGACGGUGGUGGAUACCUGUGGGGAUCUGCUCGUCCUUCAGGUGGCGAACAUGAGAUCGCGUGCUUGAGGGAAGUGUCUUCGGCGGCUGAGCUGGCGUUGAUCGACUUUUAUGAUGAUGAAGGUGAGCCCAUGGAUGUGGUCGAUGUAGCGGUAGGGACCGCACAUGUUGUGGUCGUUCUCAAGGAAGCUAGUGGCAAGCAUCGAGUCUUCGUUGCAGGCAACAAUGAGGAUGGCCAGCUUGGCAUAGACUCUGGUACCAAGUUUGUCGAAGACUGGACAGAAGUAUCAGAGCUCAGCGGCCAAGAUAUCGACCAAGUCGUCUGCGGUCCGCGAAGCACAUAUAUCACCACUAGUAGACCAUCAUAA